CUCUAUGGCUCAAACCACACCUCCAGUCCAUUUUUCUCAUUUGGCUAUUUUGGAGAGGAGGUCUCAGGAACUGUUUACCCUGUCUGGCCUCAAAUGGCCAUCCUCAAGAUCUCAGCCUCCCAAGUAGCUAGCAUUACAGGGUGAGUCACGGGCGCCCAGCCAACCCUAAAUCCUUAAUAGCUUUGAGCUUAAUAGUUUUUUCUGCACUGGGCCCUGCAAACCGUACAGUUCCUCCUGCCUCACAUUUUGUCCAGGGAGGUGGAGGCAGACCCCAGCAGUCACUCAGAAAAGUGGGUGGCAGAGUCACCUCAAGGCAGGUGAUUCCCUCUCUGACCACAAAUAUCCUACUUUCGCCAUUGCCCCUGCAGAGGGGGUCCUAAAAGGGUCUCACAUCCACCUCCCCAAGCUCCACCCCUCCAGUGUCCUGGGACUUGUUCAGUGGUUCCCACUGCCAGAAAUCAGCGUCCUUCAAAGUUCUUUAAAAGUGGCCACAGCUGUAAUCCCAGCACUAAGGAGGAGGGGAGGAUCACGAGUUCCGCGCCAUCCUUGACUACACAGCGAGACCCUGUCUGGAAGAAAUGGUCCUCUAGUCUCCAUUCCCCCUUUUGGGUCUCCCAGCUUUGGGGCAAAGCAAAGCAGCGCUGCCCGCCAUGCUCGCCUGCGGCCGCCAGGGGGCGCGCGCGCCUGGGGCUUGGACACCAGCCUCCCGGGGGCUGCCGUUCACCCAGAGCUUGUGGGAUGGGGAAACUGAGCAAGAGAGCGAGGACCCCUCGGGCUGCGCCUGCCCCUGCGUGGCCCUCUGCAGGCCUGCCCAUCUCUCGGGGUGCCUGAGCAUCUCCCCACUGUCCCCCAGCACGGCGGAGGCGGCCGCCCUGGAGCGGGAGCUGCUGGAGGAUUAUCGCUUCGGGCGGCUGCAGCUGGUGGAGUUGUGCGGCCAUGCUAGUGCGGUGGCUGUGACCAAGGUCUUCCCUUUAACCUCUCUGUCACGGAAGCAGAGGACAGUGCUGGUCGUGUGUGGCCCGGAGCAGAACGGGGCGGUGGGGCUGGUGUGCGCCCGACACCUGCGGGUGUUUGAGUACGAGCCCACCAUCUUCUACCCCACUCGAUCGCUGGACGGGCUGCACCGGGACCUGACCACGCAGUGUGAGAAGAUGGACAUUCCGUUCCUGUCCUACCUGCCCACCGAGGUGCAGCUCAUCAACGACGCCUACGGGCUGGUGGUGGACGCCGUGCUGGGCCCCGGCGUGGAGCCUGCGGAGGCCGGCGGCCCCUGCACCCGCGCGCUGGCCACGCUGAAGCUGCUGUCCAUCCCGCUCGUGAGCCUGGACGUCCCCUCAGGCAGGCAGGGCACGCGGGGCGGGGGCGGGAGGAGGCCCAGCCUCAGUUUCCCCAGCGUGAAGGGAGCGUGCUCUCUGGCUGAGGCCGACAGUCACGCCCGUCCCAAGGAUGGAAAGACCAAGGCUGCCGCGCCAGGUGACCCCGGUCCCUCCUCCCCCGUAGCCAGCCCAGCUUGCCCGCUGCCACCCCUGGCCCAGUUGCCCAGGGCAGACGUGAGCUCACUCGGCAAAGGCCGCGCCCGCCCUGGCCGCCGCCCCGCGCCUGCUGGAGCCAUUAGGCCACAGAGAGACGCAUAAACAGCCACUGGCCAGCCGGACCCUCUGCGGGGGUGGCUGGACUCUGGGGGAUCCCGCGGGAUCCCGGGGCCAUCCUAGCGCGGGAGAGGGGCAAGGGAGGAAGUGGACUGUCUAGUCUGAGGGGGGGAGGCUCCUGCCCCAACAGGUAGCCUAGGACAGAGAGGGGCCCUGUCUGCUGGGCCUUUAGUCAGAGGGAGGAGCCACUCCCGCUUAGUGGCCCCAGAUUCAGGUCAGAGGGAGGAGGGAAGGCGAGGACCCCAGUCUGACGAUGGAGGCUCAUCCUGGGGUGAGCAGGCUGCCACCCAUGGAGGGGUCUCGCAGGACCUCGUGAGGGGGAGACCGGGCCGGUCA